AUUAAUGGGCGGUGAGUUCUGGUGCUGUUAGUCGUUGAAGUUUGUUAAAGAGUGAAAAUGGAAACUACAGGUGCGUAUGGGGGCGGCAAAGCAGGCGGAGUGUUCGAUCCUCAGCAAUUCAUACAGAAGCCUCCUGUAAUAGUCAGGGCUGUUUGCUGGUUAUUCAGUGUGAUUGUAAUGGGCUGCAUCUCCGCCAAAGGCUGGUAUACCAAAGAUGGCAAAGAACUCUGUGUAUACAACGAUGAUACCAAUGCCUGCAACUAUGGUGUGGGCAUCUCCGUGAUUGCGUUCCUCGCCUCAAUUGGCUUCAUUGCGGGGGAAUAUCUGUUUGAACAGAUGUCCAGCGUGAAGACUCGGAAGCAUUAUGUGCUGGCUGAUAUGGGAUUCUCUGCUGCGUGGGCGUUCCUAUACUUCGUGGGCUUUUGUUACUUGUCGAACGCAUGGGGCAAGACCGAGAGCCCGCCCGCUGGCACCGCGAACAACAUGCAGGGAGCCAUCGCUUUCUGCUUCUUUUCCAUCUUCGCUUGGGUGGCAUGCGCGUUCUUCGCGUUCCAGCGGUUCCGAAUGGGUGCGGACGCGGCAUUCGCUCCGGCUUACGAAGUCGAGAACCAGGUGGGCAGCCCGGGCGGAUUCCCCACCUACCCUGGCGCGCCUGAUCCAAUGCCUGCCUACAGCGAGCCCCCUUUCAGCCAGCCGCAGACUGGCACCAACAUCGAUUAUACAGCUCCGACCUACUAAGCCCGUUGGAAGCUUCACUCGUUGUUCGUCUUUAUUUCAAUCACUUCAUCAAGAGUAAGUAAUAAUUACUAUGCUCAGUAAAAUACUCGUUCAUUUGUCCCUAUGACGAUAUUGUAUAACUUGACCAGUUAACAAAAACAGUUGAGAAAUUGACAGGAAUGUGCUCCGCACCUAUUAUAGUUUAAAGAUAACACUCUUUGUUAACUUGUCAACAAACACAAAGAUUGAUAAAUGUAAUAAUUAUUACUUAAUCAUAUUCGUUAGGUCGUCCAUUCUGUGAUUUCAAUUUAUUUUUUAACAAAUAUAUUUUUUCAAAUGUGUUAAUUUUAUUUGGUUGAGUGAGAUUCGUGUGUAUUAUUAUGUGUAUUACACGUAUUGUUUUUUUUUGUUACUCGAAUAUUUUUCCGAUUUAAUCGAAAAUAUUAGUAAGUUAAAAUAAAUGUAUCUAUAAUAUAACCAUAUAUUGCUUCGGAGUACCUGCUUGUAGGUAUAUGUAUAUUUGUGACAAUAUUACAAUCAAUAUCUACAUUUGUAAUAUAUCUAUACAACAUCUAUAAUGUAAUAUGUGUGAGUAAAUAACAUAAGGAAUCUUUGCAUUUUUUUUAACUUCAUUUUCUACUUAAUUCUUUUUUUUAGAAUGUUCUAAAACCCAACGAAAAAAUCAUUGAAUUUAGUCGUGCCAUUACACGAGCUUUACGAUAAAUUGC